GCAACAGGUGGCCCCGUGGAGGAGUUGGCAGUCAGCAGAUCUUUGGACUUGCUCUGAAGGUGAACCCAAAAUGUGGCUCCUGGAGAAGAUCAGAGGCUCAGUGGAGAACGGAGGGGCUCGAGCCAGUGAGUCUGGGGACAAGCAGUCGAAGGGUCCCUUGUACAGCAACGUCCUGACCCCGGAUAAGAUCCCCGAUUUCUUCAUCCCCCCGAAGCUUCCGAUGGUGCCUCCAGAGGCAGAGGGGGCAGAAGGGAAGGCCAAGCCCAACUUGGGCACCUCGGCCUCGGAGCAGAACCUCUCGGCCCGCAAGGCCCAGCGCAGCCCCCGGUUGCCGGUGAAGGCCGCUUCGGAGAGCAAGAACCUCCUGAAGGCUGCCAGUCGGCACAUCAUCCAGAUCGAGAGUGCGGACGAGUGGGUGUCGGAGGAAGACUUCAGCACCAAUGCGGACCCCCAGUCCCAGACGGCCAUGUCACUGCCAUACGUGCCCAAAGCCCAGACCUCGUACGGCUUCGCGACGCUCAUGGAGAGCCCGCAUACGCGGCGCAAGGAGUCCCUCUUCCACAGCGAGCACACCAGCCUGUGCCCCUCCCAGUCCUCCUCGCCCAGCUCCCAGAGGAAGUCUGGCGGGAGCAAGACCAACGGGGAGAGCGCCCACCUCAACCCUUCCGAUAUCAACAUGUCGCUCAUGAACCCGUACCGCUACUUCAGUGGCGGGGAAAGCGACACCUGCUCGUCCGCCGAAUCGUCCCCCUUUGGCUCGCCGUUGCUCUCCAGGUCGGUGUCCCUCCUCAAGAUCUUCAGCCAGGAGAGCCAGUCGAAGGUCAUCAAGCUGAAGCAUUCGGUAGCCCGGAACAGUUCCCUUUCCACGGACGACAGUUCCGCCGACACCAGCCCCAGCUCACAGCGGCGCAUGCGCUCCGCCACCCCUCCGUCCGGGGGCGCGGCCGGGGGUGUGCAGCAGCAGCCUCUGGCCCCUGCCGACCCCCAAGACCGGCUCCACAAAGAACACACGAUCCGUUUGAGCAAAGGGGGCACCAUGCGCCUCGUGGUGGAGUACAACCCUUCCAACGCCCGCCUGCGGGUACGCAUUGUCACCGCGGAAAACCUCUACGACAAGCACUGCGACGCGCGGAGCAUUAACUGCUGCGUGGCUCUCUACCUGAACCCCGGGAAGCUGCAGAAGCAACGGAGCACCAUCAUCAAGAACAGCCGCAACCCGGUCUUCAAUGAGGAUUUUUUCUUUGACGGCCUGGGAGCCGGCAAUGUCAGGAAAAUGUCCCUCAAAGUCAAGGUGGUGAACAAGGGCAGCAGCCUCAAGAGGGACACGCUGAUGGGUGAGAAGGAGCUCCGCCUCACCUCCUUGCUCCCUUUUUUAUAA